AGGCCGGGGGCAACCCUCUACCGGCCCAUACCGGUCCAUCCCGCUGUAUACUGGUUUAUACUGGUCUAUACUGCUCCAUACUGCUCCGUACUGGUUCAUACUGGUUUAUACUGGUUUGUACUGGUCAGUGCUGCGCUGCCUGGGCCUCCCCACCCGCACGGUGACCAACUACAACUCCGCCCACGACACCGACGUGUCCCUGACCACCGACAUCUACUUCGACGAGAACAUGAAGCCCCUGGAGCGCCUCAACACCGACUCCGUCUGGAACUUCCACGUGUGGAACGACUGCUGGAUGAAGCGGCCGGACCUGCCCGACGGCUACGACGGGUGGCAGGUGGUGGACGCCACCCCCCAGGAGACCAGCAGCGGCCUGUUCUGCUGCGGGCCGUGCUCGGUGACGGCGGUGAAGAACGGCGAGGUCUUCCUCAAGUACGACACGCCCUUCGUCUUCGCCGAGGUGAACAGCGACAAGGUGUACUGGCAGCGGCAGCCGGGCGGCGCCUUCGCCGUGGUGCACGUGGAGGAAGGGGCCAUCGGGCGCCGCAUCAGCACCGUGGGCGCCGGCUCCGGCCAGCGCCUCGACGUCACCCACCAGUACAAGCACCCCGAGGGCUCGGAGGAGGAGCGCAAGGCCGUCUCCACGGCGACGUCCCACGGCUCCCGCCCCCGCAACCGCGGCGUCCCCUCCUCGGGGGAGGUGACCCUGACGGUGGGGGCGGGGCCGGCGGUGGCGGGGGCGGAGCUGGAGCUCCGGGCGGUGCUCCGGAACCAGGGGGUGGAGCCUCGGACGCUCAAGCUCCGCCUCUCGCUCUGCGCCGUCCGUUACACCGGAGUGGCGGGAUCGCCCUUCCGGCAGGAGCAGCACCGGAGAACCCUGUCCCCGGGAGAGGAGGAGACGGUGACGAUGACGGUGACGUUCGACGAGUACCGGCCCCACGUGGGCGACCAGGACGCCCUGAAGCUGACGGCGGCCGGGGCCGUGCAGGAGACGGGGCAGGUGGUGGCCAAGGAGCUGCGGGUCCGGCUGCACACCCCGGAGCUCACGCUGACGCUCCUGGCUCCGGCCGUGGUGGGCCAGGAGACCCCGAUCCAGGUGGUUUUCCAGAACCCCCUUCCCGAGGUUCUGACCGGGACCACCCUGAGGAUGGAGGGGGCGGGGAUCGCCUGCCCCAAACCGGUGUCGCUGGGGUCGGUGGGGGCGGGGCAGACGGUGCGGCUCAGCCAAUCGGUGACGCCGCUGCGGGCCGGACGGCGCCGCCUGGUGGCGGCUCUGGAGAGCUCCGGGCUCGGGCCCCUCCACGGGAGCCUCCAGUUCGACGCCGCCCCCGCCCCAACUGGGAGCACUGGGAGCGCUGGGAGCGGCCCCGCCGAGCCGCGCCGGGGCAGGAGGAGGGCGGGCAGGAGGAGCGGCAGCACCGGGGGGUGA